UUGGAAGAAGCGAAACAAGAAUACACAAAUACUUUAGCUCAUCGGGGGUUGUACACAAUGAUGCAACCGUUUGAAGGCGAACAAAGGAUCCAUCUUUUGACUCCAUUAAAGGCUGAUGUUGGAGGUAAAACAGAAGACUACCCAAGAUUUUGUGAGAGGAAGCAAAAAAUUGAAAGACGUCUAUUCAUAACUCAUUCGUUUGUAAGGAGCAUUCAGAGGAAAAGCCAUGCAGCAAUACCAGAAUACUUAGUUGACUUUAAAACAUUCAGAAAAGACGACUAUUUUCACAAAUUAGAAGAGUUAAAUAUCCUUAUGCUGUUAGAGUUGAAGAAAUCAGAAGAUUUUCUGUCUAAAACUUGGUAUUUGAAACUUAUGGUGACAUUACCGAGGAAAGUUUUAGAAGGAGUUCCAAAAAGAUUACAACCGAAUAUAAUAAGUUGUGCUUCGAACAUCAUCUCUCUGCAGAUCACCCAGUGCAUCAGUCGGACAAUCUGUCAUUUAAAGCAAGUUUUGAAGGAUCCGUUACGUUUCCCGCAGCUCUCGCUCUCUGUUAUAGUGUCUAACCAAGUGAUAAUGAUGAACCCUACUGUUGACGAUGUAUUCCUCAGCUUCAGUCAAUUGCUGUCCACCAUUUACUUUAAGUGGGCCUCUACCAUCACACCUCGCCAAAGACAAAUGGACUCCUCAUGA